CAAGCAUUUGGUCUUGGCAAACGGAAGUGAUGUAGUGUUUAUGUAUGUAGCGGGGAAGUGGUCAGUGGAGACGCAUGUUAAAGCCAGGUGUGAACGGGGCCUUUGGUCUUCCUUCCUCUGAGCAUGGCAGUGAUGUGAUGCUGCUGUGUUUCACGCUGAGACUGUUAAGACUUUGGGUAACCUUCAGCAGCAGCUGCUGGUGUGAGCAGCCUGUGUUAUAAAGCCCCAGCUCCAGCAGCGGGAAGUGUUUCCGUGCCUCUGUAGUGAGCCACUAUCUCCAUUCAUACACCUGUUUUGUUGGGGUAUGCUGAUUGACACGCAGAGCCCGCCCCCUGCGCUUGUCCUUUCAUUGUAAUUGGUUCGACACUGGUGUGUUUGGAAAUUCCCCCGCGCGGCUCACACCUGACCAUCGCCAGCCAGCGGGAGAAGCGCGAGGCCACCGGGCAGACACUCAGCCCGCCGCUGUGAACCCAACACGACCAGCACCGACACCCGCGGCCGACCACCUCCCGCGAAGAGGGCGACAACAUGCCGCGGUCUUUCCUGGUAAAGAAACAGCACAGCACAAAGAAACCAAACUAUGGAGGACUGAAGUCAGAGACGGAGGAGGCCCCCUGCGGCACCCAUGAAGACUCUCUGCUGUACAGUGACGUCCUCCCUCACCAUCGUUGUCCAGCCCAGAGUCCACGUCUACAGCAGAGAGCCCAGCCGCUCUCCUCCUCCUCCUCCUCCUGUCCUCUUCCAUCUUCUCCAAACACCUCCCCUCUCUCCUUUUUAGGCCACUCUUCAGAGGCUUACAGUAGAAGCCCUGUAGAAGACAACAAACCAGCUGAAUCCUGUACCAAAGUGAACCUGGAAAUCCAGUGUGUCACAGGAGACCUCAGGCAGAGAGAGAGCCUCCUCCCUCCGUCCCUUCCUCUCCUGGCCCUCUUUCCAGCCACCCCUCCGGGCAGCAGCAGCCAGGAGAGCUUUGAGUGUUUGGACUGUCGGAAAGAGCUGUUGAGCUUCUCGGGCCUGGCCAAACACAAGCAGCUCCGGUGCGAGUGGAGCAGUAAGAAGUACUUCAGCUGUAAGUACUGUGAGAAGGAGUACGUCAGCCUGGGAGCGCUGAAGAUGCACAUCAGGACACACACACUGCCCUGUGUGUGUAAACUCUGUGGCAAGGCAUUCUCUAGACCCUGGCUGCUUCAGGGACAUAUACGAACACACACAGGAGAGAAACCGUUCUCGUGCCUCCACUGCAGUCGAGCGUUUGCCGACCGAUCCAACUUGCGAGCUCACCUCCAAACCCACUCUGAAGUGAAAAAGUACCAGUGUGCAAGCUGCUUCAAGACCUUCUCCAGGAUCUCUCUGUUAGCCAAGCACCAAGAGGCGGGCUGCCCGCUGUCCUGACAGCCUGUAAGCGUCAGCCUGCUCGCUGUUGGCUGAACAACAGUGUUUCUGGGGCAGUCUCAAAAGACCCGCUAGGAUCUCUUGGUGUGUGGAUCCCAAAACCCCAUGCCGUGUCAUGUGACGACACUUUGAUUUGACCACAGCCUUUUUUUUGAUCAUCAGAAACCACUUGCUUAGUUCCCCAAGUGUAAAUGUGUACAAACAAACUAUUAUUUAUCAAGGGUUUACAGUGAGUCAGUACAAAUGGGCGUUUUGCCCCUGUUGCCUGGUAACAGUGAUGUUAGAAGUGACAGUUAGGCCAGGCGCCCACUACACUGUCUUGUCGCUCCCCGCUGCGAUGGAUGCUCCUGACCUCACCGGAGACGUGUUGACAUAGUUAGUCAACAUGCUUGAUGUUGUGAGGUGGAAUUACACUUCGUCGACAUCUCCAGUAUACAGCAGCUUUAGAUUUAUAGUUGGGUGUCGGAUUUCAAUAGUUGAUAUCACUACCACAAUAAUAAUACUACAGAUGUGCCGUACAUUAUCAGGCUCGCAGUAAAUGUGCUUUCAUUCACUGUGACGGAGCGGAGGGUUUGCAGUGAAGACGUGUUACUGAAAGAGAUCACUGAGUCCUUCUUCAACUAGCGUGACGUCGUCCUCACUCUCAACAGUCUCCACUGUCACCAGAAACUUGUGGGAGAAAACACAAACAGUCCCCAAGUGGGAUCUCUCUGUAGCUGCCUUAGAGGAGGUGCACAGGCUCAACAUACGUCCCCUUUUAGUCAGCAGUCUUGUAAAGCGAGCAGUCAGAUGAGCUAAAUGGUCACUCUGGCCAACAUCAAGAUGAAAUCUGCGGCAGAAACUGUGACGUGUCCUUCAACACCUAGCUCUGCCCAGACAGUAGCAUUGGCAGUGUUCAGGGGCCGUUUCCUGUCUGCUGAAAGGCUCACCUGGCAGUUCAAAGGACUACACCUUACAUUCACCCUAACCAACAGCUGAAGGAGUGUUUACAUUGCCUUAAUGGGCAUUAGGCAAACGUAGUAAGACCUGCUGAUCAAAGGAAUAAUAUAACACCAAACUCAAGUGGUAGACAUGAUACAUUUAUCCAGAACGCCUCAGGCUUUUCUGUCUCAUCAGCUGGAGUAGCAAGUCACAGACUGAGUAUUCAUUUAGUAUUGAAUCACAUCAAGAUUAUGAUAUCGUGAUGUUUUGUUUCUGUUUUGUUGGAAAUGAUCUUAAACUGUCUGAGUGAAGUACUGAAAAACUUCAUGUUCUGUUAAAACACUGCAUUGGUAUGUAUAUUUUUGUAUUGAAAAUGCUUGUUAAAUUGAUCAAAAUAAAAUCCUGACCUUUUUAUGUACUUGUUUCAGUGUGUGACAGUGUGACAACUUGAGGGAACAAACAAAACGCUGGUGUUAGUGCGGUCAUUUUCCACUUGGAAGUGAUCAAUCCAAACCUAAUUUCACUGUAAACAAAUAUAGUCUCCCCACAGUUCAUGUUGUCUCUUUAAUGACUAACAAACAUUUAGAAUGCAUGUCAUACAAAACAUUUGCAAAACCUUUUUGCUUGCUCUUGGUGUGUGUGUGUGUGUGUGUGUGUGUGUGUGUGUGUGUGAGUGAGAGAGCCUGUAGAGCACAACCACAACUGGUCAAACAAAGACGCCUAUCAUGAAUUCCAUUGCAGCAAAAGUUGAGCCUAAGGUCAGUUUAGAACCUCAUUAAAAGAGAUUCUUAUUCCCACACCGAUCCGCUGCCUGGUUUCUGUGCGCAGUCUCUAGCAUCGCUCGCGUUAAUGCGGUGGCACAGCGGAUUUUCACUGACAGCGAAAGCAUUGAUCACUAAUCCAAAGAUGAUUAUGACAUCGACUUUGGUAGUAAAGUAAAGUCCACAAGAGAGCAGUGGAAAAGACUCGAUAGAUAAAAAAGAGAAAGAAACGGGGGCACCGUAUCACAUCCACAGGCCAAAUCACAUUUUGUUUAUAAAAGCCAAUAGCUGAUGCAAUGUACAGUAAGUUUUUCCACCAGCAGCAAAGAAACUUGACUUGAUGUCACAAUGCUGCAAACACUUGCUCUGCCCUACACCUGUAGUAUAAGUCUGAGCACCUGUUGUUUGCCCACCAGAAUGGCUCUGUUGUGAUGUAAUGGAAUGCUAUGAAUAGUAACUGUCUGUGGAACACGGUCUAAAUAUUCCCAACCAGUCAGCCAGGUUCAUUUUCAAUACACACAGAUGCUAUUCUGACUCCCGGCAGGCCUAUAAAUACAUGGAAAGUUGUUAUAUUCGGCAUGAGGGCAGUUCUCCAUCUCACAGUGUGUCAGUAAUACAAGACAGCGCUGCCGGAUUUAGCUGCUGUCAAGGCAUAAGGCCUAUUAUUAGUCUACAAUAUUAGACCUACGGAUACAGUAAAAAAUGUGUGUGUGUGAUAGGUGGGGGAAGCAAUAGACACAAUGGCAAUCAGAUUAUGUUGGUAUUUUCCACAGUGAGUGUGUGUGUGUGUUUCCAUAAAGGCUCUGAUGCCCUGCAAAUGACACUGGGUUACACUUGUUACCAAGACAUCUGCCAGUGUGUGGAAAAGGGUGUGUACGGGGGUUUGUGUGUGUGCUAAUUAGGGUUGAAGGAUGGAGAAGGUCAGAUGCUGUGGUAAAGUCAGAUGAGGCAACAGCAGGAACAUUUAAGGUUGUGUUUAGGCUUAAUUUGUCUUAAAGUGACAUGAAUGCUGACCAUUAAAAUUACAUUUGAACAUUUCCUUUCGAUGUAUAGGCGUGUGACUAUGCAAGGCCUGUCUGGUGAUGAUGGCUAUCUGCCCCACCCCCACGGCGCUCCCACGGCGUCAAAUACCGACGUUCUGUCACGCCCCUCAGCGUUGUAUGCACACGCACAAGGUACUACCCUGCUCAGGUAGUAGGAAGUCAGUGUAGUGAUGUUUAUAUAGGUGAAGUUAAUAUUUAUUUCUGGGGGGGGGGGGUUGAGCUGUGGAAAAGCAGCUCAGUGAGGUGCUAACAUUUCCAAUUAUGCCAAAGCAAGCCCUUAGACCCCCGCCUCUUUUUCCACCACGACUGGAAGAGUGUGUACGUGUGUGUCUUUGCAGUCAUGUCUGUGUAUAAUGUGAAACCCCCGUACUGUUUAACUCAUCUAUUAAAGGGCCGGUUCACCCAAAUUACAAAAGACAUCUUCUCACGUCCUCUCUCGUGGUAUGUGUGCAUGCAGAUAGCUUUGGUUUUUUGCUUUUAUAUACCACCAGACGGGAGUGAAACCAACCCGGUAAAGCUGCAAUAUCUGACUCUGCUUUGGCCACUGGGGAGGGGGGGGUGAAGAAGCUUAAAACACAACUUCUGACAUAUUAUGUUGACAAUAUGUCAACUUCUGACAUAUUAUCGCCUUCUAAAUCAUUAUGACAAGUCUUGUCCAGUAUGUUAAUACUAAAGUAUUAAUUAAAAUAUAUAUUAAUAUUAUUAAUAAUGGCUAAUAUCUAAUUAACUAUAACCAAUCAUUAUAAAAAUGUAUGAUUGGUUCACUCAGCACUAUUGAAUUACUAUUCACAAAUCUUUCAUCUUGCUUUUUAAUCUCACUUUUGACAUAACCUUUUCUUAUCUGUCCAGCGCUUUCCUUUUGGCUUAAUCUUCUCCUGGUGUGUGAGGCAUUUACUCCACGACACAGUGACUCAGGCACACUGUUAAAGUAUAUAUUCAGUGUUCUGCAUUUUAUUUAACGAGAAAAGGACAAAAAAAUGCUACAAAACAUCCCAGUAGUGUUUUUUUAAACCCCAAGCAGGAAACCCCAGACAUCGUUACAUCACCAUCUCCAGCAGCAGUGUCACAUCUCAUCUCAUUAUCAUUAUGUGUAGAAAGAAUGCAUAUUAAAUCACACUGAAGAAUGACUUUACACGUCUCCACUUUACACAUUUGUCUCUUUCCACACAAACAAUACCUCCGUCAAAUUCACUUUAGAGUCAGAAGUUGAAUCACUUUAGUCUCAAGUUAGUGUGCUGAUUUGAAUGUACUUUAAAUCGCCCACUUCUGGCAAAGUGAUGCCUGAUUUUUUGUGGAAUUAGUACGAAAAUGUUACCCACCUAUGUCCUUCAGUAUUAGUCCAGUGUGUUUGAAGUUCCUUUUACAGCCCGGCAUGUCUGCGCAUGACAUCACUAUGACAUCACCAGGGUUAUAUUCUCUAAGACUUGACUAAGCUUCUCCAGAGCCAGAGAAGACCGUAAAGAACUGUUUUCCCAGACAGAGCAGAGAGUAAAGUCAUGACUGACCUUUAUGUGUAAAAUCUGUGGAGUGGCCCUUUAAAGCAGCUGGUAGUGCAAGCCAUGGCUGUCAAAGACCAGCUGAGAGCGUUCAGGUUUCCACAGGCAUCUAGAUACCUAAGGCAAAAAUAUCCGACCGAAAAUCACUUUAGCUGUUAAAAGUAGGCUUUAUAGUGUCAUCUUACAAUAAAUUCUGUUUAAUUCGAUCAGUCCCUGACAUCCUGUUCGCCAGCUGGUGUCUUGGGUCAACACUGUGCUAGCAGAAAGCAGCAUUAGCAUGUUGGUGCUAAAUGGCCUGCUGGCUAAUUAGAUAGCUAACAACAACUUGUAUGUCACUAUAUUUCCAGGAUACGUCUGGAUUUGGCCUGUCUAUCAUAGUACACUACUCUACAUGUCAUAUGUACAGUGAAAGAGUUCAUGCUCACUGUAAUCGCUCCUCCUCUGCAAACGCAGGCAGGCCUUCCAAAGUGUUCUUAGUCUGAAAUUCCCUCUGUGUUUCCACAGUCAGGGGAAUGUCUGCUGUCUAAAAACGCUCAGACCUCUCCCCUGUUGUUCGGCCUUUUCCAGACACCUCGCCUCGCGUGAUACGUGCCCACGAAUGUCUAGCUGUUUGUUAAAGGCUGCUAAAAACACAAAUAUUGAAUACAUGACUUGGAUCGGGUUAUUUUAUUUUUUAUUUCUGUCCUCUUCUAAAAGAUUACGCCACACUGUUGACAAAGGCUCUGUUCCAUGACUGGCUUUUUAGUUAUUAGCGUAGUUACAAAUGUCAGUGGGAUUUGGAAUGAUGUUUUCUUACUUCUGGAGCAGAA